UUUUAUCCCUAAAAAUAUUUUUGAUCAUACUAAAUAGUUUAAGAUAUGAGUCGUAAAAUAGGUUUUCCGGUAACGUACCGAUGUCUCUUUUUUGCUUCCAUCCUUGCUCUUACUCAUGUUCAUACUCUCGCCGACCCUCCCUAUGAAAACUGUUCAACAUCUCCAAGCAAUUUCACAGAUACCAAGCUUCAGAAUCAACGGAAUGAUCUUUUGAGUAUGCUAUCAUCAAAUGCUUCAAAUUCCAGGUUUUACAAUACUACAGUUGGAGAUAACGUCGAUCAACUGUACGGGAACUUCUUGUGUUUUGGUGCUUUAUCUCUAAUGGAUUGCCAAAAUUGUGUUUCAUCAGCAGUUCAAGACAUUAAAAAGCUAUGCCCCGCUAGUAAACAAGCCAUAGUAUGGGAAGAAACAUGCCAACUACGCUAUUCGAACAAGCUCGGCACAAUGGACGAUACUACAGCAAAUUUACCUUUAUGGAACAAUAGAAGUGUUUCAGAUCCAGAAUCAUUUACUGAUGCCGUGAAGAAAUUGAUGAGUAAUCUUACUGAGACAGCUGCAUAUCAUUCAGCAACAAAUUUGUUAUCAACUGGACACUCAAGUUUCGAAGAUUUGCAUGGUCUUGCUCAGUGCACUGCAGAUUUAUCACCAAGUAAUUGUUACAGUUGCCUUCAGUUUGCCUUGAAUCAAAUUCUAAGCUGUUGUAGUUCAUUCAGAGGUGCAAGAGUUUAUAGUAAAAGUUGUUAUUUAAGGUACGAAUUGUAUGUCUUUCCCGGAAUUGAGAGCGAUAACCCUCCUCCCUCGAAAAAGAGCCGGAGGAAUGUUUUAGUUGCUGUAUUUGUUGCGAUUCCGGUUGUAGGCCUAAUCGUUAUCAUGGCGAUCUGUUUGUACUGCUCUGUAUUGAGGAAAACAAAACAUCAAGCACUGUCUCGAUGCACGACUCCUGCGGGAACUUCACGAGAAACGGAGUUCGUGUACAACACACUAGAGCAGGAUCAGAUGAAACCUCGAGAAUUUCCUUUAAUUGGUUUUCUUGAUAUUCUUACGGCUACAAACAACUUUUCGGAAUCAAAUAAACUAGGACAGGGUGGGUUUGGCUCUGUUUAUAAGGGUAAGCUACCAGAUGGACAGGAAGUGGCAAUUAAAAGGCUUUCGAGUGAUUCCGAACAAGGCUCGGAUGAAUUCAUGAAUGAAAUUUCACUCAUAAUGAAACUUCAACACAAAAAUCUCGUCAGACUCCUCGGUUGCUGCAUAGAGCAUGAAGAAUGGAUUCUAGUCUAUGAAUACAUGCGGAAUGGCGGUCUUGAUGCUUUUCUUGCCCCAAGUCGGCGGAUACACCUUGAUUGGAGGAAACGAGUAAGCAUUAUCAUGGGAGUUGCAAAAGGACUACUUUAUCUUCACCAAGAUUCUAGACAUAGAAUCAUCCAUCGAGACCUCAAAGCUAGUAAUGUUUUGUUAGACCAUGAUCUGAACCCUAAGAUUUCAGACUUUGGCAUGGCAAAGAUCUUUCAAGGAAAUCUUGGUGAAGCUAAUACUGCUAGAAUCGUCGGAACAUACGGGUACAUGGCGCCUGAGUAUGCUAUGGAGGGGUUAUACUCUAUAAAAAGCGACGUUUACAGUUUUGGAGUUCUCUUGCUAGAAAUAUUGACCGGGAAAAAGAAUUCCGGCUUCCAUCUCACUAGACUAGCUCCAAGUCUCAUAGCAUAUGUGUGGCAGUUUUGGAUUGAAGGCAGAGGUUUGGAAUUGUUGGAUCAACUGUUAACUGAAGCGUCCUGCAACACAGCUGAAUUUUUGAGACACAUUCAUAUAGGGUUGUUGUGCGUCCAAAAAGACCCAACUGUUAGACCAAACAUGUCAUCUGUUGUGGUGAUGCUUGGCAGCGAAUCAUCAGUCCUUGCGCAACCUCAACAGCCUGCAGUUUCUGUUGGGAGAUUCGUCCUUCAACCUGAACAAUCAUCUUUGGAUUACUCUCAUAAUGCGUUAACUAUUUCCACUAUUCAACCUCGCUGAUUGAUUUUUGUUUUUUUUCCGAUUCUUGAAGUUAUAGAAAUACAUGUAAUUGGUUUUAAAUCCCUGAAACUAGCUGCUAGUCUUUGUAAGAUCAUAGAAAUCAAAGAAUACUUUACUAGUUUAAGUUUACAAUUUUGAUUCAUUCGUGCUGCACGAUCUCAAAC